AUGCAGACCAUAAAGUGUGUGGUGGUGGGUGACGGUGCAGUGGGAAAGACCUGCCUGUUGAUCUCCUACACAACCAAUAAGUUCCCCUCGGAAUACGUCCCCACGGUGAGUGGUACUGAUUGGAGUGUUGUCAAGAAAGGUCUUUGAGUGGGGCAUGGCCAAGUGUCAGGGUUUGUCAAGUGUCUAGGAUAAGGGGUAUGCAACAGGAGCCACUGCAGUUUGUGCCGUUUGUUCCAGACCAUUUCUAACACAUUUCUGAUUCAACUAAUCCAUUUUAAACCACUAUUGAAUGAAUCCGGUGUGUUUAGUGCUGAACAGGAACAAAAGCCUCCACACACUGUCUGUAAUUCUUUAUGGCUGGAGUUGCCAAUCAUUGAUCUGUGCAGAAUCUCAAAUAUAGAAUGGGUUUUGAUAAGAGAAGGUAUUUGUUUUCUUGCUGAAAAGAGCACCCCUUUGAGGAAGAGCCAAACUCGUAUGGAAUUGGUUGUCAGUUAGCCCAUAUCAGCUAUCAGUGACUGACAUAACAAGAGAGAAACUGUAGAAAUUGCACCUUGUGUAUUCUACUAUUCUAACUCGCAAUAUUAAGUUGACUGAGUUCCCAAAAAACCCACAACAUUAUUUUGGGGGUGGGAUGGGGGGAUUUAUCCGAGGGCCUUCAAAAAGGGGGCCGCCAGUUGUCCAUCCCUGAGGUAGCCUAAUCCUAUAGCUCACCAACUUGGGUAAUCAGUUAUCAGCACAGUGCUGUACCAGAGCCUGGCAGAGAGAGUCUGUCGACUCAGUCCUCUUUCCAGUCAGGCCCAACUGGGUGUGUUCAUGUUGUUGGCCCGUAAAACAGACCCAAUUGUCUCCAUGAUGUUUGUCUGUCCUUCUGUACUCAGUACAGUGCACUCUUCUCAUAAGAAUCACGUGGCAAUUUACGAUUUUUAAUUCUAAGCAGAUGACUCAAAAUCCUCAAACAAUGCACAGUGUUGACAACUACUGGUUGAUUUGGUAGGUAUUUAAAUACUCUUACAUGUACAGAAAUAGGCUGAGAUUACCUGCAAUUGGCCUAGUGUAGGCUUAUAUUAGAUGCAUGUAGUGCAUUCUUAUAACCUAAUUUAUUGGUGAAUACAGUCCUUGUACUACUGCAUUUGGGAGUUGAAACAUCUGAAUAUUGGUAUAGUGUGGACAGUCGCUGUUGUAGAGGCAGGUUUUGUUUUUACCCACCAUUCUCCAUGGUAUUAGGCCUAGCUCUGUCCAAACACAUUAUUGUCAUGGUGAUCAGAGAUGUGUUUUUGACUUUGCUUGGUUGCUCUUCAAUGUGUGCUGCCUGCCGCGCCUUUCCACUGCAUGCCCCAACGCCUCACUGUUUUUAUGUCUAAACUUGAACUGCCCUAAGAAGCACGGCCUCCCAUGGUUUCUCAACCCAAUAGAGACCGAGACUGUUCUCUCUCUGGAUCAGAUAACGGAUAAGCUGACCAAGGGUGUUUGGCAGACUGAAGUCCAUAGUUGCAUCUUAAUAGUCGAAAGUGUCUUCCUCGUCUCCUCGCUUUCGUCUUUCAGCACUGAUGUGUAAAGAAAUAGGCCUAUGAUAGAUAGCCUACCUCCUGGGAAAUUGCUUUCACCUCUCCAGUUCUUUCAUAUUCAGACAGUAUUCAGUAAUUCAAUAGUGUUGUCACGAUACCAGAAGUUUGACUUCGAUACCAGGUUUAGUAUCACGAUAAUCGAUACCAUCACGAUACUCAAUACCAAAAUGAUACCACAGCAAAAAAAGACAGUAUAUUAGCCAAAGUGCACAGAUGAAAAACAAUCUGUUUCCUUUCCAUUUGGGACUUAUUUUAUUGUACUGAUCAACAACAUUGGCAUAAAAUAAGCAAUCUCUUAUUUUAUAAAAGUGUGCGCUGUCUCUAAGACCUAAUGACAUCAUUCACACACACAGUGAGAGAGACGUGACCUAGGCGAGGAAGACUAAGUGAAUAGGUAAAUUGUUUUUUUACAUUGCCCGGUGCCCCGGGCCGGCGAGGUUUGCUCAUUUCGACCAUUCCAUUGAUCCUAAGGAGAAAUCUCCACUCACCCGGGACACGCAAAAUGAACUUGCCCAAUGAAUAACGUUUUUUUGGCAGUGACUGUAUGGUUUUUGGUGACAAUCAGCUUUGAAAUAAGCAUAUUUAGCGUUAUGGUUUGCAUAUUAUCACAAACAAAGUACUAGGGUAGUGAAUUGAUGUUAGCUUCAGCUGUAAACUAGCAAGGAAAGUUGGCCUACAAAGCUGGAAGCUACCGGUAUCUUCUUGCGUUGUAAAUUGUUCUAGCCUUUAAUGGGACUGUUUUGCGAACAGUAAUUAACAGUUGCAACAUUUCUAUAUGCCGUGUUGCAUUAUUAGUGUGUUAGCUUCUGUGCAGCAAGAGUGUGGAGCUAACAUGAUACAGCCAUAACUCCCAGUGAGUGCAGUGAUUCCUCAGGACAGGCUAGAGCUAGCAAUGAGUAAGUGGAGCAGGCACAGUACGCUCGCGCUAUAAGGUGACAUCAGCUUCACUGAUAGACAGACUUGAUCCUCUCUCAAUCAGUAGACGACGUGUGACACAUUUGAUAGAAGUACCGAAAGUAACAAACCAAGUACCAAACCGUUUUUCAUGUUCUAGUAUCGAAAAAGUACAGAAGUUUCGGUAUACAGUGCAGCACUAGUAUUCAGUCAUUUUCAGUGCAGUUAAAGGAGAGGUGACAAGGAGAGGAAGACAUUUUAGACCAUUGAGAUGCACCCCAACUCUAGCAAGCAUGACUUGUGGGUAGGGCUGUAAGGGUACACGUAUUCGUACUGAACCGGGACCUCUGUUCGGUACGCACUGUGUACCCGAAUGAAUACAUAAAAAAAUUUCAAAAAAUGAAAACACUAUAGGCAAUGCCUACGCUGCGUUGUAUGAAGUUGCCUUGAGAGUAAAUCUGAGCUGAGAAAACAUUGUAGGGUAUUCUGUUAAAACAACUACAGUUAUGCGCACGUUGAAAUCAAAAUUCUAAUCUUAAUUUCAAGAUAUCCUUCUGUGAGGCGCAGCCGGGAAUUCUGUUGAUGGGGAGUGGUGGGAUCGAUAAACCAUAAUUGGUGGAUACUCCAUCAUCGUUUAAAUCUCCAGUUUGGGAAAAUGUUGGCUUCACAGUCGAUUACAACAGCGAUCGACAGAGUUGUGGAUAAAAAGUUAAUAGUAUGUUCUCCACUGCUCAAGGAGAAUAGCCUAUGCAGAGUGGCGCGUGUGGCUUGUUGUUUUUGUCGGCCAAUCACAAGUCAUCAAAGCGCCAAGUCAUAGAGCAGGGGUGUCAAACGUCCGGCCCGCGGGCCGGAUCAGGCCCGCAAACGGGUUUAAUCCGGCCCGCGAGAUGAUUUCGGAAAAAACAAAACAAUUUUUUUUUUUUGUAAAGUAUAAAAAUGCGCUGCAAUUUUUCAAUAAAAUAAACUGCUGUUCCAAUUGCGUCCACUGGAUGGCGCAAUAGCAAUUGUGUUAAGCAAGCAAACUGUUUAUACCGGGGCAGAGCAAGUAGGUCAAGCACGUGCAGCCAAUGAGCUACUUUGUUUUGCCCGCGAUAUUUAUUACGGCUUCUACUUUUAACAUUAUGUGCUUUGGCACCCUCAUUGCCCCAAUAUGUCUCUGUCAAAAAAGAGAAAAGUGGACGCAGAGUGUUCCAAGAAAAAUGGUCAUCCUAUUUAUUCACGGAAUUGAAUGGGAAAGCUGUAUGUUUGGUGUGUUCAGAGCAUGUUGCAGUGCUGAAAGAAUAUAACCUUCGUCGCCACUAUGUGAGUCUUCAUGCCGACAAAUAUGACAACUUUCAAGGACAGCGGAGAUGAGAGAAGGUGAAUGAACUGUUGGGGGAUCUGAAGAAACAGCAGUCUGUGUUUACUCACAGCCGAGACAUUAGUGACGCUGCAGUGAAAGCUAGCUACCUCAUUGCUAAUGAAAUCGCAGUGGCUUCAAAACCAUUUAGUGAGGGUGAAUUUGUAAAAACAUGCAUGAUGAAGGCAGCGGAGAUUGUGUGCCCUGAAAAGCGGCAGGCUUUUGCAAAUAUCAGCCUGACAAGAAACACAGUUGCAGACAGGAUUUCCGAUCUUUCAGUGGAUUUGGACAGCCAGUUGAAGCAAAAAGUAGUCAUUUAUUGCGUUUUCGGUUGCAAUUGAUGAAAGCACGGACAUUACAGAUGUUGCACAACUGGCCAUUUUCAUCCGCGGAGUUGAUGACACAUUGACCGUCACCGAGGAGUUCGUGGAGUUGGUGCCGAUGACAGAUACAACGACAGCAGCUGAUAUUUUUACCGCACUCGUCGGCGCGCUGGACAGGGUCGGAGUGGACUGGUACCGCGCUGUCAGCCUGGCUACAGAUGGUGCGCCCUCAAUGAUCGGGAAAAAAGCAGGCGUUGUGACAAAGUUCAGAGAGAAAGUGCAAUCUGCAAAUGGAGGACGUGAUUUUUUGACUUUUCACUGUAUUUUGCACCAGGAGGCUUUGUGUUGCAAGUCAUUAAAGAUGGAUAACGUCAUGAAGGUGGUCAUCCAAACUGUUAAUUUCAUCCGAUCCAGAAGCCUGAAUCACCGUCAGUUUGACAGCCUUCUCAGAGAGAAAGACCACAUCUAUGGCCUGCCAUACCACACUGAGGUAAAAUGGUUAAGCCGAGGUGCUGUGCUGAGGCGUUUCUUUGAUUUACGAGAAGAAAUUGAACAGUUCAUGGAAGAAAAGGGCAAACCAGUGUUAGAAUUUCAUUCCGCAGAAUGGAUGCAGGACCUUGCAUUUAUGGUGGAUGUUACAGAGCACCUGAAUAACUUGAACAAACAGCUGCAAGGGCGCAACAAAGUUGUCACGCAGUAUUAUGACAGCAUACGUUCUUUCAAGUUGAAGCUGUCAUUGUGGGAGACGCAACUUGCCGGUGGUGAUGCAGCUCACUUCCCCUGUCUGAAAAAUGUGUGCGCGACCCAACAUGUGGCAGACAUGAAGCGGUUCAAAUAUAAAAUAACGGGACUGUUACGGGAGUUUGAGCAACGCUUUCAGAUUUAUGUUUAUAUGUUUUUAUGUUGAUGUGCUAUUGUUUUUAAUUUAUUUUAUUUGUAUAUUUAACCUAUUCUUGACUCUGUGGUUCUUGCACUUGUUUGGGGAACAGGAUUUCAUUAUUUUUAUCUACAUUUCUGCCUGAGAAAUGACACCCUGAUAUAGUUCUGUGAUCUGUGAUAUACUUCUGUGAAUCACUGAGGCAUUGUGUGUUUGUGUGUUCUUUGUCCUCAGAACUUUCAAAUAACUUGAGGUGUUUUAUGAUUAAUAGUGAUGUUGUGCUUUUGGACACUGUCCUCAGGCUCCAGCUUUAUGUUUAUAUGUUUUUAUGUUGAUGUGCUAUUGUUUUUAAUUGAUUUUAUUUUAUUUGUAUAUUUAACCUAUUCUUGACUCUGUGGUUCUUGCACUUGUUUGGGGAACAGGAUUUCAUUAUUUUUAUCUACAUUUCUGCCUGAGAAAUGACACCCUGAUAUAGUUCUGUGAUCUGUGAAACAGUUCUGUUAAUCACUGAGGCAUUGUGUGUUUGUGUGUUCUUUUUCUUUAGAAUGUUCAAAUAAACUUGACGUGUUUUAUGAUUAAUAGUGAUGUUGUGCUUGUACUAUUUUGGACACACUGUCCUCAGGCUCCAGCUUUAUGUUGUAUGUUGAUCGUAUUAAAACAAAGAAAACAAUCUGAAGUUGUUGUUUUUAAGUUAUAUAUAUAUACCAUGAUUUUUCCGGUCCGGCCCACUUGGGAAUAGAUUUUCCUCCAUGUGGCCCCUGAGCUAAAAUGAGUUUGACACCCCUGUCAUAGAGCCUCCGUGUGUGGCAAAGCAAGUUAGGAGAUUAUCUAAUCAAUGGAAGAUGGAAUUAGUUUAAAUGAGAAGUAUAUGCUAUAACGAACAAGAGCUAACAGGUAGGCAGCUAUUUAAUCAUUUGAAUGGAGGUGUUAUUUGUAACUAACUGUAGGACAGGAAGAAAACGCAUGCGGACUCAAUUAGACUAGCUCGCAGGCUAGCUCGCAGGCUAGCUAUUUUAGCCAACUAAUAAUAAUAAUAAGCCAUUUAGCAGACGCUUUUAUCCAAAGCGACUUAGUCAUGUGUGCAUUCAUUUUUACGUAUGGGUGGUCCUGGGGAUCGAACCCACUACCCUGGCGUUACAAGCCCCAUGCUCUACCAAUUGAGCUACAGAGGACCAACUACCUUCUCUCGGUUUGAUGCAGUCAAGAGAGGUACUACGUAAUCAUAUAGGAUGAUAAAUAACCUAGCUAUGACAAGCUAGAAGUUAGUCUACUAGCGCCAGUCGGCUCGGUUGGUUGCUGCCUCUACCUUGCUCCCGUUUCACUUGCUCACUGUAUACACACCGCAAGGCCCCUCCUCCGCCUGCUCUCCCUCAUGCUGUAUCAGCUCUGGUUAAUAAAAUAGCUUAGAAAUUGACUUUUCUGCUGCUUCCCUCAUUGAUCCAACCACGUCUAUACAGAACCUGUCGUCCUCGGGUCCGUUCAGAACAGGUCUCUGUAUUGAAAAAUGUAUUUAUGCAUAUUUGUUCAGGUGGGACAGUAUAAAAAAAUAAAGAUAUAUAUAUAUACAUUGUAUGCACUCACUAACUGUAAGUUGCUCUGGAUAAGAGCGUCUGCUAAAUGACUAAAAUGUAAAUGUACUUGUGGGUGCAUCUCAAUGGUCCUCUCCUUGUUGCCCAGUGAGGCUCAAAUUCAAGUGUACUAGGAUGAGGCCUGAGAUGAAACAGGGAGUGGACAGCCAGGGAAAAAGGUAAAUUGGUGGUUUAGUGACUACACAAGGCAGGAAUGUCAGGAAUCUCCCACCCAAAUUAAAGGAAUGUCCCUCAUGCGCCACACUAAAGUAAUAGUAGUUAACACUGUUGCUCAUUCCCAGGUGACAGCCAUAAGACAGCCAUUCUUUUUAUAUAGAAUGCCAGCAGUGAUUUAGUGUUUCACACUAGUCCACAUUUUCCAAAGCAAUGUCAAGAACUGCCUACACCAUUUUCAGUCACUUUUUGCACCCCACCUAAGUAAUGGUGGGAGAAACACUGGUUGGGCUAAAGAGAGAAUGUGUUUUUUACAAAUUUCCUUCAAAGUUUGCUGACCUAAAAAUAAGCUUGAAAAUGAUACUGCCCAUGAACCUGCGCUACGGUAGUCACUGUCUACGCAGUAUUGUGUGACGGAGACAACAUGAGAAAUGGCAAUGCCAUUCAGCUGCAUUUGGGACAAAGCAUAGUUGUUUCAUCAGCACAUAUAAAUGAGUCAGACAGUUUCUCAUUCUUACUGAACAGUAGGUGGCUUCAUUGCCUCUACAGGGAGGCACCUUAAGAGGAACGCAGUGAAACAUUCUGAAUUUAUUUUAUUUAUUUAACUAGGCAAGUCAGUUAAGAACAAAUUCUUAUUUACAAUGACUGCCUACCCCGGCCAAACCCGGACGAUGCUGGGCCAAUUGUGCGCCGCCCUAUGGGACUCCCAAUCACGGCCGGUUGUGAUACAGCCUGGAAUCGAACCAGGGGGUCUGUAGUGACGCCUCAAGCACUGAGAUGCAGUGCCUUAGACCGCUGCGCCACUCGGGAGCCCAUUGGUACCCUACGUACGCAACACAAGAAUGCGUACCAUUUUGCGUAGCUACUUGUAGUUCUUCCAUGCGUACAUAUGGUAUAAAUCAGGGCUUACUUAGUUGACAACAUGGUUCCCUUUGACCACCUGACACUCUAAGUGUCAUAGACUGUUCUGUCAAGGGAACCAAAGUGAGGGGUUUUCAUGUGUUGUGUAUAUAAUGGGAAAUUGGCCUAGGUUAUGAAACUGAACCUAGCCACAGCAUGACCAUAUUCCUGUAUCCAUACCUGUACCAUAUAGAUUAAAUGGUUACAAAGAUAGGAAGAGGUCUGUCUGUAUUAAAGAGAUGCUCUGCUUUUUUUCACCACACUCUACAAAGCAAGUCCUGCAGGCUCUAGUUUUAUCGUAUCUUGAUUAUUGUCCAGUCAUAUAGUCAAGUGCUACAAAUACAUACCUAGUUAAGCUGCAGCUGGACCAGAACAGAGUGGCAUGUCUUGCUCUGCAUUGUAAUCAGAGGGCUAAUAUUAAUAGCAUGCAUGCCAGUCUCUCUUGGUUAAGAGUUGAGGAGAGACUGACUGCGUCACUUCUUGUUUUUAUAAGAAACAUGAAUGUGUUGGAAAUUCCUAAUAGUUUGCGUAGUCAACUUAUACACCGCGCUGACACACACACUUACCCACCAGACAUGCCACCAGGGGUCUUUUCACAGUCCCCAGGUCCAGAACAAAUUUCAAGGAAACGUACAUUAUUGUAAGUGAACAGAAAACCUGGUUUAAAAAAAACAAAUAAAGCAACACCUCACGGUACAACGCCUCUCCCCCAUGUGACCUACUUAUUUGUGUGUAUGUACUGACAUGUAUGUGUAACUGAUAGAUGCACACACACAAUAUACAUGUUAAUGUUUUUAAAUGUAUGUAAAGUCUUUUGUCUGUAAUGUAUUUUUCAUUAUGUGUCGGACCCAAGUAAUACUAGCUGUCGCCAUUGGAGUCGGCUAAUGGGGAUCCUAAUAAAUGUAAUUAUGUAGGACUACUGUGAACUCGCACUCUGUGGAAAUAAAUAAUCUAAAAGAAUCCAUCCAGUUUUGAAAAUGUUGGUUGUAUUGUGAUCCUUAUUUCCUUGCUAUUGAUUCAAUAAAGAAAUUGUUCACAAAAAAAGUUAAUAAUUUAUACAACACAACACAAUUCCACAGAUGUCUCAAGUUUUGAAGGAGUGUGCAAUUGGCAUGCUGACUGCAGGAAUGUCCACCAGAGCUAUUGCCAGAGAAUUGAAUGUUCAUUUCUCUACCAUAAGCCACCUCCAACGUCAUUUUAGAGAAUUUGACAGUACGUCCAACCGACCUCACAACCGCAGACCACGUGUAACGACGCCAGCCCAGGACCUCCACAUCCGGCUUCUUCACCUGCGGUACGGUCUGAGACCAGCAACCCGGACAGCUGAUGAAACUUUGGGUUUGCACAACCGAAGAAUUUCUGCACAAACUGUCAGAAACCGUCUCAGGGAAGCUCAUCUGUGUGCUCAUCGUCCUCACCAGCGUCUUGACCUGACUGCAGUUCGGCGUUGUAACCGACUUCAGUGGGCAAAUGCUCACCUUCGUUGGCCACUGGGAAGCUGGAGAACUGUGCUCUUCAUGGAUGAAUCCCAGUCUCAACUGUACCGGGCAGAUGGCAGACAGCAUAUAUGGUGUCGUGUGGGCGAGCGGUUUGCUGAUGUCAACAUUGUGAACAGAGUGCCUCAUGGUGGGGUUAUGGUAUGGGCAGGCAUAAGCUAUGGACAACGAACACAAUUGCAUUUUAUCGAUGGCAAUUUGAAUGCACAGAGAUACCGUGACGAGAUCCUGAGGCCCAUUGUCGUGCCGUUCAUCUGCCUCCAUCAGCAUGAUAAUGCACACUCCCAUGUCACAAGGAUCUGUACACAAUUCCUGGAAGCUGAAAAUGUCCCAGUUCUUCCAUGGCCUGCAUACUCACCAGACAUGUCACCCAUUGAGCAUGUUUGGGAGGCUCUGGAUCAACGUGUACGACAGCGUGUUCCAGUUCCCACCCAUAUCCAGCAACUUCGCACAGCCAUUAAGGAGUGGGACAACAUUCCACAGGCCACAAUCAACAUCCUGAUCAACUCUGCAAAGGAGAUGUGGCGCUGCAUGAUGGUGGUCACACCAGAUACUGACUGAUUUUCUGAACUGCAUGAACUGUAACUCAGUAAAAUCUUUGAAAUUGUUGUGUUUUAUGUUUUUGUUCAGUGUACAUAGGAGAGUCACAGCUUUGUGAGUGUCAUAUAUUUCUCACCUUUUAAUAUUGAGUUCAUGGCACCACUUUACAAUCGGAGCAGGCUAUAGUUAGUUGAUUCGCCUGCGGAGCGUUCCAUUUGCAGUGAAUAGGACUACAUCAAGUAGUCUAGGCCUAGCGCUGGAAAGUUUUUGUAGGACAUUAGCCUAGAUUUACUGUUAGAUUAAUCAAUUAGCCUACAUGGCUAUCUAGCAGCAAUAUCAUAUUUAGAGUUAGCAAUCUAGCUAAGUGUUUUGAGUUUCCACUUCCUCAGGUGGUGAAUAAUAUAGCUUAUACAGUGAGGGGAAAAAAGUAUUUGAUCCCCUGCUGAUUUUGUACGUUUGCCCACUGACAAAGAAAUUAUCAGUAUAAUUUUAAUGGUAGGUUUAUUUGAACAGUGAGAGAUAGAAUAACAACAAAAAAAUCCAGAAAAACGCAUGUCAACAAUGUUAUAAAUUGAUUUGCAUUUUAAUGAGGGAAAUAAGUAUUUGACCCCCUCUCAAUCAAAAAGAUUUCUGGCUCUCAGGUGUCUUUUAUACAGGUAACGAGCUGAGAUUAGGAGCACACUAUUAAAGGGAGUGCUCCUAAUCUCAGUUUGUUACCUGUAUAAAAGACACCUGUCCAUAGAAGCAAUCAAUCAAUCAGAUUCCAAACUCUCCACCAUGGCCAAGACCAAAGAGCUCUCCAAGGAUGUCAGGGACAAGAUUGUAGACCUACACAAGACCAUCGCCAAGCAGCUUGCUGAGAAGGUGACAACAGUUGGUGCGAUUAUUAGCAAAUGGAAGAAACAUAAAAUAACUGUCAAUCUCCCUCGGCCUGGGGCUCCAUGCAAGAUCUCACCUUGUGGAGUUGCAAUGAUCAUGAGAACGGUGAGGAAUCAGCCCAGAACUACACGGGAGGAUCUUGUCAAUGAUCUCAAGGCAGCUGGGACCAUAGUCACCAAGAAAACAAUUGGUAACACACUACGCCGUGAAGGACUGAAAUCCUGCAGCACCCGGAAGUUCCCCCUGCUCAAGAAAGCACAAAUACAUGCCCUUCUGAAGUUUGCCAAUGAACAUCUGAAUGAUUCAGAGGAGAACUGGGUGAAAGGAAAGUGUGGUGGUCAGAUGAGACCAAAAUGGAGCUCUUUGGCAUCACCUCAACUCGCCGUGUUUGGAGGAGGAAGAAUGCUGCCUAUGACCCCAAGAACACCAUCCCCACCGUCAAACAUGGAGGUGGAAACAUAAUGCUUUGGGGGUGUUUUUCUGCUAAGGGGACAGGACAACUUCACCGCAUCAAAGGGACGAUGGACAGGGCCAUGUACCGUCAAAUCUUGUGUGAGAACCUCCUUCCCUCAGCCAGGGCAUUGAAAAUGGGUCAUGGAUGGGUAUUCCAGCAUGACAAUGGCCCAAAACACACGACCAAGGCAACAAAGGAAUGGCUCAAGAAGAAGCACAUUAAGGUCCUGGAGUGGCCUAGCCAGUCUCCAGACCUUAAUCCCAUAGAAAAUCUGUGGAGGGAGCUGAAGGUUCGAGUUGCCAAACGUCAGCCUCAAAACCUUAAUGACUUGGAGAAGAUCUGCAAAGAGGAGUGGGACAAAAUCCCUCCUGAGAUGUGUGCAAACCUGGUGGCCAACUACAAGAAAUGUCUGACCUCUGUGAUUGCCAACAAGGGUUUUGCCACCAAGUACUAAGUCAUGUUUUGCAGAGGGGUCAAAUACUUAUUUCCCUCAUUAAAAUGCUAAUCAAUUUAUAAAAUUUUUGACAUGUGUUUUUCUGUAUUUUUGUUGUUGUUAUUCUGUCUCUCACUGUUCAAAUAAACCUACCAUUAAAAUUAUAGACUGAUCAUUUCUUUGUCAGUGGGCAAACUUAGAAAAUCAGCAGGGGAUCAAAUACUUUUUUCCCUCACUGUAUAUGCACAAAGAUGUUGGAAAAUGAUCUGAAGAGCCAAAAAAACAUCUCUUAAUUCUGGAUCCUAUUUUGACAAAUUGCACAUCAAAAUAUCAAUCAUGCAUUUCCUGGAUAUGUUAGAUGAAAUGGCUUACUUUUUUAAUCAUAGGCUACCAUCUCAGUUGUGUUACUUGGCACUGGAAAGAAAUGGUAAAAUACUCUCUAUUGUAUAGUACAAGACAUUCUACUGCAAGGAUCACCAACUAAUAUUCAGCUACGGCCCAAAUUAUUUUUUUAUUGAGCGGCUGGUCAGGAGGCCAGAACAUAAUUACAAAUAAUUAGUAGACUGCAAAUUGACCGCAAGAAGCCCGGUCAGAUAUAAUAUUUGAAUAAAACAUAAUAAUUUCUAACCUUGCUUACAUUUGUGUAUAUAUAAUAUAUCUGUCUAUUAUGUGUGGGAAUACUUUGGAACAGAUUUCCCAGAUUAAAAUCACUUGGAGCUGAUGUGCUGGUGUUUUUAGUAUUAUAUGUCCAACAAGUAAAAAACAUAUAGAUAAUUAUUCAUGUUUUUGCUCAGAAAACUUGGGGGGGGGGGGCAAAUAAAAUCCCCCGUGGACCGCCAGUUGGGUAACCCUGUUCUGCUGUAUAGUACAAGACUUUCCAGAGGUUUGGAAUGAGGCAAAACCUGCCACACACUCAUCUGAUAUCUAAUAGUGAAAGAGGACACUUAACACAGUCAUACUGACACCGGAUAGGAACAUCAAAAAUAAAGUAUUGAGCAACUUUUGGCUUUUGGCCUUUAAGCACUGCCUCAAUGUCAAUCAGACAGUUCUGUGGUUGCCAUGGCACCGUGAAAUAGCCUAGGCAGAGACCUCUGUAAAUAUUGUACAUGUUUUGAUAUUUAAAAAAUAUAUGUUUUGUUGCAUAAAAAAACUAAUAUUUGGGGGGUUUUGAUUGCUCUGGGUUUUGUUCACCUACAUCUGGUUGUCUUGACUCACAGAGUUGCAGAUCUGAGAUGAAAUGCCUACUUGUUUGGCUUGAUAGCUAGUGAGCUACCUAGUUAGCUGGCUAUUUGGAUGUAAAUAAUGCAGCGCUGUUGUUUUUUUUUCAUCUGCUUGGAAAGACAACAACAACUGCAUGCGAUGUCCAGGGAUGGCAGAGAAGGCUAAAGGACUGGUUCCUAACUACUGUCUGUGUGGUGGCUUUUGAGCGCUUUUUCAGCAGCCAUGGCAUUACCCAGGUGGGUGCCACAUUUUCGGCAAUGGAGUACCAGUACCUGCGGAGAAGCGGCUUCUGUGGAGGAACUGAAGGUCAGCGAAACCAGUGGGGUGCCCUGACAAAGAGCUUAGGGCCUGUUUGUCAGACUGCAUUUGUUUCUCCCUGGAUGUACCAACAAUGCCCCCUUCACUCAAGCUAUACUGCCUUUCCAGCCCACUGCCUCAACUCCCUUUCCAUCAUCCGGAACCAACAACUAGCGAGACUUUUCAAUCUCCAUCACAUACUUUUUUUAUUCCUGGACUACAAUGGAAAUAAGGCAGACUUUUUUGUGAUAUCCCUGUCAUGUUUUUAAAAUGUAUACUGCGUAUAUACACUACCGGUCAAAAGUUUUAGAACACCUACUCAUUCAAGGGUUUUCUUUAUUUUUACUAUUUUCUACAUUGUAGAAUAAUAGUGAAGAUAUCAAAACUAUGAAAUAACACACAUGGAAUCAUGUAGUAACCAAAAAAGUGUUAAACAAAUCAAGAUUCUUCAAAUAACCACACUUUGCCUUGAUGACAGCUUUGCACACUCUUGGCAUUCUCUCAACCAGCUUCACCUGGAAUGCUUUUCCAACAGUCUUGAAGGAAUUCACACAAUUGCUGAGCACUUGUUGGCUGCUUUUCCUUCACUCUGCGGUCCAACUCAUCCCAAACCAUCUCAAUUGGGUUGAGGUUGGGGGAUUGUGGAGGCCAGGUCAUCUGAUGCAGUACUCCAUCACUCUCCGUCUUGGUAAAAUAGCCUUACACAGCCUGGAGGUGUGUUGGGUCAUUGUCCUGUUGAAAAACAAAUGAUAGGCCCACUAAGCCCAAACCAGAUGGGAUGGCGUAUCGCUGCUGAAUGCUGUGGUAGCCAUGCUGGUUAAGUGUGCCUUGAAUUCUAAAUAAAUCACAGACAGUGUCACCAGCAAAGCACCCCCACACCAUAACACCUCCUCCUCCAUCCUUUACAGUGGGAAAUACACAUGCGGAGAUCAUCCGUUCACCCACACCGCGUCUCACAAAGACACGGUGGUAGGAACCAAAAAUCUCCAAUGUGGACUCUAGACCGAAGGACACAUUUCCCACCGGUCUAAUGUCCAUUGCUCUUGUUUCUUGGCCCAAGCAAGUCUCUUCUUCCAUGAAGGCCUGAUUCACACAGUCCCCUCUGAACAGUUGAUGUUGAGAUGUGUCUGUUACUUGAACUCUGGGAAGCAUUUAUUUGGGCUGCAAUUUCUUAGGCUGUUAACUCUAAUGAACUUAUCCUCUGCAGCAGAGGUAACUCUGGGUCUUCCAUUCCUGUGGUGGUCCUCGUGAAAGCCCAAAAAAAAAACUUGAUGGUUUUUGCGACUGCACUAGAAGAAACUUUCAAAGUUCUUGAAAUGUUCCGUAUUGACUGACUUUCAUGUCUUAAUGUAAUGAUGGACUAUCAUUUCUCUUUGCUUAUUUGAGCUGUUCUUGCCAUAAUAUGGACUUGGUCUUUUACCAAAUAGGGCUAUCUUCUGUAUACCCCCACUACCUUGUCACAACACAACUGAUUGGCUCAAACGCAUUAAGAAGGAAAGACAUUCCACAAAUUAACUUUUAAGAAGGCACAUCUGUUAAUUGAAAUGCAUUCCAGGUGACUACCUCAUGAUGCUGGUUGAGAGAAAACCAAGAGUGUGCAAAGCUGUCAUCAAGGCAAAGGGUGGCUAUUUGAAGAAUCUCAAAUGUAUAAUAUAUUUUGAUUUGUUUAACUCUUUUGGUUACUACAUGAUUCCAUAUGUGUUAUUUCAUAGUUUUGAUGUCUUCACUAUUAUUCUACAAUGUAAAAAUUAAAGAAAAACCCUUGAAUGAGUAGGUGUUCUAAAACUUUUGACCUGUAGUGUGUGUUUUUUUAACUGGCAAAACUCGAUCAAAACUCAACAUGUUACGUUGAAAUCCCUAAUGAUUUAUCAUUUUUCUCUCUCUCUUCCUCAGGUGUUUGAUAACUAUGCGGUGACAGUGAUGAUCGGAGGGGAGCCCUACACUCUGGGGCUGUUCGAUACAGCAGGUAAAACAAAAUGGCCGCUCUCUGCUACAUGAGCGCUUCCUAACUACAGUGUCUUGAGCCUCGACUUGUAAUACCUUCUUCUCACUCACCAUGGUCUGCCUGUAUUAUUUUCACAUGGUGCUUACGUGGGCAUUAUGGAUCGUGUUUCUCGCCAGGCAUCUAAUCGUUUAACAUUGCAUGGGUAACUCACCUUGUGCACUAGCCUAUGUAGUGAUAGCAUGUACCAUGGUGUCUAAACUAGUUUUUGUGUUUGUGGGUUAGUCUACUGAUGUGUUAGUCCACUGAGCUCAAAUAUUAGCUAGAUAAUGUAGAGGCCAUUGUGUAGUUGCUUAUUUAGGCUUUUUCUUGCAUAUGAAAGGGAUCCUUGAUGUAAAAUCCUAAAAAUGUUGCUGUCUCACUCUGUCACCCUCCCCAGGUCAGGAGGACUAUGACCGACUGCGACCGCUCAGUUACCCCCAGACAGAUGUCUUCCUUGUGUGUUUCUCUGUCAUAUCGCCCUCCUCCUUUGAGAACGUCCGUGAGAAGGUGUGUGUGUGUGUGGAAUAUAACUUUAUUGUCCAUUGGUUAGAACGGACAUUCGUUUUCGGCCUUUCCCAACACCCCCAGAUACAAACACACACACCUGUGACUUUUUUCUAGCCCAUGUCUUUACACCUGUGUUUCUCUGUAAACAUAGCAUUGUGCUCCUCUUCCGUGUGUGUUGGGGUUAGUAUUCUUUCUCUCCCCUCUCUUUUCUCUCUCGCCAUUACUCACACCUGCAUAAUUAAGCAAUAAGGCCUGAGGGGGUGUGGUAUAUGGCCAAUAUACCACGGCUAAGGGCUGUUCUUAUGCACGACGCAACGCAGAGUGCCUGGACACAGCCCUUAGCCGUGGUAUAUUGGCCAUAUAUCACAAACCCAGAGGUGCCCUAUUGCUGUAAUAAACUGGUUACCAAUGUAAUUAGAAGAGUAUAUAUUUUGUCACACCCGUGGUAGACUGUCUGUAAUACCACGGCUUUCAGCCAAUCAGCAUUCAGGGCUCGAACAAUCCAGUUUAUAAAAUUAUAUAUAACAUGAAACACUCCCAUACUCAAUGGCCAUAAUAUACAGCAGGAUCAGAACCCGGGUGGGAUCCUAAUAUGCCCCCCUCCUCUCCCACAGUGGGUCCCAGAGAUCUCCCACCACUGUCCGCGUACACCCUUCCUGCUGGUGGGCACCCAGAUGGACCUGAGGGACGACAGCAACACGGUGGAGAAGCUGGCUAAGAACAAGCAGCGGCCCCUGGCCCCUGAGAGUGGAGACAAGCUGGCCCGGGACCUCCGGGCAGUCAAAUACGUGGAGUGCUCCGCCCUCACCCAGGUGUGUGUGGGUGCGUGUGUGUGUACGUGUGUACAUGUGGGCGAGAGAUACAAUCUCUAUCUACUAAGUCUCUGGCCCUCAUUCAGGUAAACAGGAAAUGGUGGGUGUAAGUGACUUGAAUGGUUUCUGAAAAGUACCUUCCUCUCACUCUAUCGACCUCUGUCCUCCUUUGUUUUGAUAGAUGUCAUAUUUACUCACUAGGAACUACUAGCGGAUGAUGGCUACUGUCGACAGCAUUUCAAAUUGCAACUGUGGACAUUUUGAAAUUAGGACAGUGGAUCAAUUAGUAAAUUGACCUCUCUCUCUCUCUCUCUCUCUCUCUCUCAGCGAGGUCUGAAGAACGUGUUUGACGAGGCCAUCCUAGCUGCGCUGGAGCCGCCAGAGACCAAGCCCAAGAAACGCUGCGCACUCUUAUAA